AUGCCGACUGCUAUUGUUACUGGAGGCUCACGGGGAAUUGGGCGUGGAAUUGCUCUUCGCCUAGCAGAGGAUGGAUUCGACAUGGUGAUAAACGAUAUUGCCCACCAGAAAGAAGCAAUCGAUAGUCUAGUCCAAGAGAUCCAAGGAAUGGGCAAACGUGCCCAUGGUGUUGUUGGCGACGUAAGUAUCCAGGCUGACGUCGAGAAUAUCGUGAACCAGGUAGUCAGCCUAUUCGGUCAACUGGAUGUCAUGGUUGCCAAUGCGGGCGUCUUGGAGGUGACACCCUUGCUAGAAAUGACCCCAGAAAUUUGGGACAGAGUACAGCAAUCAAUGUUCGCGGUGUUUAUCAUUGCUACACGUGGUAAAGCGCCAGCAUACUUCACCAGUAAAAGGGCAGUGCGUGGUUUAACUCAGACUGCUGCCAUGGAGUUCGGGAAAUACGGAAUCAAUGUCAACGCCUACUGUCCCGGGUCUGUGAAGACCGACAUGUCACUUGUAUUUGCUGAGCGGCUCGCCAAAGAGCAGGGACUGACAGGUGUUGAGGAGGUAUAUAAAGCAUCCUCGCACCGAAAAAAUGCUCUUGAGCGGGAACUCUUUCCAGAAGAUAUUGCAGGGCUCGUUAGCUUUUUCGCUAGCAACAACUCGAACGUCAUGACUGGACAAACUCUUAUUUGUGAUGGUGGUAAGUGUUAA